AUGCUCAAAAUCAUCUCAAAACUGUUGGCGGCUAGACUUAGGAAGUAUAUUGGGAAGCUAAUAUCCUGCAACCAGACGGUGUUCAUUCCAGGGAGACAAAUAUUAGAUGGGGUUUUGGUUACUAAUGAAAUUAUCGACUAUGCAAAGAGAUUCAAGAAGGAAUGUUUAACGUGUAAAGUUGAUUUCGCCCAAGCUUACGACUGUGUAGAUUGGGAUUUUGUGAGGUUUAUGUUAAAAUCAACGGGCUUUGGAUCAAGGUGGAUGAAGUGGAUGGAUUCUGUGGUGUUCACCAGCACUAUGUCCAUCCUGGUGAACGGUAGUCCGAUAGAAUAUUUCCAAGUCUCAAAGGGUCUAAGACAAGGAGACCCCAUGUCACCUUUUUUAUUCACUAUUGUAGAGGAAGGGUUAGCGGGGAUGGUGAGAAAGGCUUCAAGCACAUGUUGUAAGGUAGACAAAUUCCCCUUUAAGUUUCUGGGCUUCAUAGUUGGUGGGAAUCAAAGAAACAUUAACUUUUGGAAUCCAGUUAUCAGUUCUUUGAAGGCCAAACUUGCAGGUUGGAAGGGGAAGUUGUUGUCCAUAGGGGGUAGAGUUACGCUAUUAAAUAGUGUGGUUUCGAAUAUUCCUAGCUACCAAUUAUCGUUUUAUAAGGUUCCGUCGAAAGUGGUCAAGGAUAUAAGAGCAAUUCAAAGAAAGUUCUUGUGGCAGGGGAUCAAGGACAAGAGAUGUGUGGCGUGGAGAGCCAUUUGGAGUGGUGUAAUGAACGUUCGGUACAGUAAUUUAAGAACAAGGCUAUGGAGUAGGGGUGUUGAAAGUUAUGACUUAAAAGAUUCGUUUUGGUGGAGAGACCUUGUGGCGCUGUGUGACAAUCCUAGAGGCAUUCUGAAUAAUAUUUCUGUCAAAAUUGGUAACGGUAAUGUGACUAGUUUUUGGAAUUCUCGGUGGAUCGGAAGUAUUUGUUUGGCUGAAUUGUAUCCGAUGCUGUACCAAGAGACUAUUUUCAAAUCUGCCACAGUCGACCGACUAGGGAGUUGGAGAGGUAAUUGUUGGGAUUGGGAAGUUAUCAGAGCUUAUGAGGUUCUAGGGCAGGAGGCUUCCUUAGAGCUGGCAGAAUUGCAAAAUAUGUUGUUGGGUAUCGAGGUGAAAGCGAAUCUUGAAGAUGUAAUCGUGUGGCCUUAUGAUGUGUCCAAAUGCUUUACGGUGCGUUCAUGUUAUAAACUGUUAAUUCUAGAGCAUGUUCAUGGAGUGGAGGAGUUGGGAAUUGUCCACGGGCUGAAUCUGAUUUGGGAGGCCCAUGUGCCAUCCAAAAUAAAAAUCUUUGGUUGGCGAUUAUUGCACGACAGAUUGCCGACGAGGAAACAAUUACUACGAAGAGGAAUUAUUGAGCACAAUCAUGAGGCCUUGUGCGUUUUUUGUGGACAAGUCAGCGAAGAUCCAUACCAUCUUUUCUUGCUCUGUCCUGAGAUUCAAAGGGUGUGGAAUGCUAUCAUUCAAUGGUUGGAGCUGGACAGCUAUGCUGCAGUGGAUUGUUGUAGUCAAAUAUGCAUGGGUGUAACCUCCUUGAUGGACAAGAUGCAAAGUAAAAGAGCUGCAGCAAUAUGGGUGACUCUUUUGGAUGAUCUAUUGAAAACUUGGGUUCUUGAGGGUCAAUCUAGAUAUUGGAAGAAACCUUAA